AUGAACGAAACAACUUCUGAAUCAGAGCAGCCGACUGCCAUCAAGCAAGAGGAAGCGAAUAGGUUUGGUUUCAAGUAUCGUUCAUUCAAAACGAUUCAUCUCAUCUGUCUGUAAAGAUAUGUAAAAGUUGUCAACUGGUAAAUUGUAAAAAAUGUUUUAAUGAACAUGUUAUUAGUUGACCACUUUUCGACAUCUCCACAGACAGCUGAGAUAUAUCGUUUUGAAUGAACGAUAUUGAAAAUCAAGCGUUUCUAUAGAUACAUUCUGCCAAAGAUUGAUUCCUCGGGAGCUGGGUGUUUCUGUCGGAUCUGCGAAUGUAAAGUGUCUGGCACUCUUAUCAAACAGUCGACCGUCCGCCCGGAACGUCUUCUCACUCUCCUCGGCCUCGUCGUCAACGGAACUGUUGAAUCGGCCGUCGCUCUCGCUUUCAACGAUCUCGCCAAGUUCCAAAUGUGUCGAGAGCAUCAACUUGUCGCCUGUAAAGUCUUUUGCGGACCAAAAAACGAUUGGGACUGGGUCGAGAUGCUCGGAAUCGCGAAUUCAAUCAAACCGCCGCAAAAACCCGCGAUCAAGAUGGCAUGCUUUCAAAAAAUGAUUCAAAAGUUCGUGGACAAGUAUCAACAAGACAAGUGCAAUGUCUGUUCGGACACCGGUUCCCGUCACAACUUUGUCACCUGGAACUCCUCGGCGCCCUUUUCGAAGGUCCGCAAACUACUCGUUCUUCUCCAGUCCGUGCUUCGUGCCGAAUCGGACAUGAGCAACGCGAGGGCGUGCUUCAACCGUGGCACCGUCUCCGUUUGUCAUCGCCACAUUCCGCAGACUUGCGAUGCUCUGCUCCGAGUGCUCGAGGCCAGCGACGAUUUGUCAACGCUUCUGGCUACUGUUCAUUCGAUUCAAGACGAACAUCUUGUCAUCGGAAACGAGUACCACUUUCUGAUGGUUGCCGCUCAGUUUGUUCAGGAUUUCGGUGCGUGCAUUUUACGAGUUGUGCGCCCGAAUUUCCUUCGUUAUAGGUGUCGAAAACUGUGAAGAAGUGUCCCACUACUCUUUGUCGCCUGUUCGCCAACACUCCAAACCCGAUUUUCUGUCUGCAACACUACCAUGA